GUGGGCCGAUCCCGACCAAGGACUCGAGCCGUGAAGCAAGCCCUAGGCAGGUUACAGCAAGUCCAUUAGGAGGGUCUGUGCAUUUUGCACGGCAUGGUCGAACCAAUGGCGAUGUCGAGGUCCGAGCUUCCUCUUGAUCUCCUGCCGCGCAUUGUCAGCUUCCUCGAUUCGCCCCACGACAUCUAUCAGCUCUGCUUGGUGUGCCGGAAGUUUGUGUUCUACUGCAGGGAAGCACUAUACGAUGGCUCUCGCUUCAGGUGCUGCAAGCCAGAUUUCGGGUCUCGCACGGAUGAUUAUCGUCGAGUUGGUGCUGCCUCACCUGGGUCCGCAACCCCUAUGAUGCUGAGUUGAUUCCGGCCUAUUUUUAGUUUGCUAAAUUAUUGGGAACGCUUGGGCGCUUCCCCUAUCUCUCUGCGCAUGUGGAGGAAUUUGUCUUCCCCGCGUUCAAUGCCGCGCAUGAGCGAUACAAC